CAAAUUUGCCCCCGAACCGGAUAAUACAGCGCGAUAGCGAAGCAGAGGCCUUCCAAAACCCACGGCAAACGCCUAGUGCUCCCCAUCCUCUCUUGCCCCCCUCCUCCGUCAUGGCCGUCUCCUCCACUACGUCCCAGCUCCCGCUCCUCUUGCUCCACCGCGGCACCGCGAACCCUAGCCCCGCGUCUCUCUCCUUCCCCUCCUCUCUCCGCGCGACGUCCCUCCGCUCCCGCGCCGCCGCCGCCGCUUCGCCCGCAGACACCCUUUCCGAAGACGGCAUCCCCGACGCGCCACCGGAAGGGGAGGGGACGGGAAUUCCGUUGCCAUCGUCGAUUGGGGAUGAUGGAGAGCAGUUGUUGUAUGGAACUGCUGGAAAAGAAAUUGUUAUGAGGCCUUGUGCACAGUUGAGCUCCUCUUUUACUGAUUCUUUAGAUGUAUCACAAGAGAAAAUAGUGAUAAGAAACAGAUACGGAGAGAAACUUCUUGGUGUUUUGCAUGAAGCUGGAUCUAAGGACAUUGUAGUGUUGUGCCAUGGAUUUAGAUCAUCAAAGGAUAGUAGAACUAUAUUGAGUCUUGCUAAUGCAUUGGCAUCAGAAAAGAUCAGCAUAUUCCGAUUUGAUUUUUCUGGCAACGAAGAAAGUGAAGGUACUUUUGAAUAUGACAACUACUAUAAAGAAGUGGACGAUUUACAUGAUGUGAUCCUACAUUUCAGAAAACACAAACGUGACACCCAUGCUAUUGCCAGCCACAGUAAGGGAGGAAAUGUGGUUAUCCUCUAUGCAUCCAUGUAUCAUGAUAUAUAUAAAAUUAUUAACCUGUCUGGAAGGUUUAAUCUGGAACGUGGAAUUGGAGAUCGUUUUGGAAAUGAUUAUAUGGAAAAGAUUAAUCGGCAUGGUUUCAUCGAUGUGGAAGACACAACAGGACGUAUCAUCUACCGUGUGACCAAAGAAAGUCUGAUGGACCGUCUUAAGACAGAUGUGCAGAGUGCAUGCACAUCUAUUGACCCAAACUGCAGGGUGUUGACAGUACAUGGCGCUAAUGAUGAUGUUGUGCCAUCAGAGGAUGCCCUAGAUUUUGAUAAGUAUAUAAGUAACCAUGAACUGCAUAUUAUUGAAGAGACUGAUCAUAGAUAUGCAUCUUAUCAGCUUGAAUUAGCUUCAAUUGUAUUGAAAUUUGUUAAAUCUUGAUGAGGUUGGCACCCAAGCAGAAGAUCAGAAUCAAGCUGCGGUCCUACUGGGUUCCUUUGAUAGAGGACUCGUGCAAGAAGAUAAUUGAUGCUGCCAAAACAACCAACGCGAAGACCAUGGGUCCUGUUCCUCUGCCGACCAAGAGGAGAAUAUAUUGUGUGCUCAACUCUCCUCAUGUGCACAAGGAUUCACGGUUCCAUUUCGAGAUCCGGACACAUCAGCGGCUGAUUGAUAUCAUGUAUCCAACUGCCCAAACAAUUGACUCACUGAUGCAGCUCCAGCUCCCCGCCGGUGUGGAUGUUGAGGUUAAGCUAUGAUUCUGUUGGAGCUGAAGUUUUCAAAGUAUGAUGUAGUAUGGACUCAUUUUCCGCAGCCUUUCUUCGUUGAUCCUUUUGUUGUCUGGGACUGAAAGAAAUGUAGAGCUUGUAAUAGGAAAGAAGAUGUUAAGACAUGAGUUAUCUUGCGAUGAAGCAUAUUGAAUGAAAUGUUUUACAUGAAGUUAUAUUGAUGUUCUGGCUUCAGUGAAAUUGCUGGAUGUAAAUGUAAUUGGUCAGCAUCUGAUAUACUUGGCUUACCAUCCCAGUAAAAUUUAUUGAUUCAACUGGA